AUUUAGUCGAUUAUGCCAUUGAAUUGGAAUCGUUUGCCGGUUCGGGUAAAGAAACGAAUCCCGUGUUCAAGGAAUACAAUGGAUUAUUUUUCAUACGAAAGAUGGCCGCAUUGAACGCUCUGGCCGCACACACGCCUGAAACCUAUGAUUUGGCAUUUAAAUUGCGUCGAAAGCGAUUUGUCAUCGAGAAAUUACAUUUGCCGCCCGAGCUUCAAGAAUCGGAACAACGUGGUGACCAAGACGACGAACCAAUGUUAUCGGCAUUAAGCUGUGCUAGUACCAAGAAACAUUUGUUAGAAUUUUAAAGAUUUCGUUGAAAAAUAUACCAUACUCUACCUAUUUGACAUCAUGUUUACUGUUGAUUCAUUGAAGAAAAAAAAAACCAGUUGUGCUGUGUAUCCAUCGCUUUGCUUUGCUUUGUGUUUGUUGAGAAAUUGGUUGCCGGCAUAAACCUAAGACUCAUACACACCGUGCAACAAAACCAACAAGAAGGAGAACGAAGAAAGAAGAAGCGCUUUUUUACAUGUUGGAUUAGACAAAACUGUAAAUUAUACAAGAGAAGCCAUCAAAGUGGAAAACGAUGAAAAAGAAAGCGCAGUGCGCGCAACGGCUACUUCAGAAAAUUUUCGUUUCGCAAAACGCGUUUUAAGCAAUCCAGUCUGUGAAUUUUAAAUGAAAGAAACGUGUCAAGUGGCAUUGCCAGACGACGACGACGAUGAGGACGACGAUGACGACGACAAUAACAGCCAUGGCUAUAGAGACAAACACAAGAAAUCAAGAGCACACGCACACAUGAACGAAACAGGGCUGAGCUGAGCUGAGCACGGAGUGCAAAGUCAGGGGAUGUAUGAGAGACGGGAGAAAGCGAGAGAGGGAGAGAAACGGGUUGGAAUUAUUAUUCCACUCAGGAAGCUUGAUCGAUUGUAACUAACAUAUUACAGCUCAUCCAACUAAAACAGUCAAAAAUCGAUCGAAGUGAACCGAAUCAAAAUGGGAAGAUCCCAUUGUGCGUCGUCAUCAACAACAUCAAGAGUAAAAACACCAGCAGCAGUAGCAGUGGAAACAGCCGCACCAGCAGCACCACAACUAAAUUAAUAAAGUGUGUCGAGACGAAAAAAAAACACGACGGCAAACUGAAAUUACAAAAAAGAGUGCGCCAGAAAAAGUGAAGAAGAAUUGAAAAGAAAAAGAAAAACGACGAGCACCCGACGAAGAAAAAAAAAAGUUGUCUUUAAUUAAGUGCAAGUCAGCGAUAUCAAUUAAAAAGUUUUCCCAAAGCAAUUACAUUUCCAAAUGAAAUAUUGCGGACAAUUGAAUGAUCCAUGAGCGUUUGGAAUGAGAGAACAAGUACAAGCAUCGGCAAACUCAAAAAUGGAUUAUGUGAAAUUUCGGCGCUUGAUUUUAAUUUGAUGAUGAAUUACAUACAAUCGAUUUGAUGCAAAAUGACGAGGAACUGUUUCCAAUCGUAAUAAUCAAAUGACAAGUGAAUCUAAAGUAAAUAGUGUUUAUUGUGUGUGAAUGAGUGCGUACGUUGCGUGCGUACACGUUCGAUUUUCAUUUUUCCUGUCUGACAACAUUUUUCAAUCGUGAUACAAUAACAUCUAUUUCCAUAUAUGAAACGCGUUUAGUUUGUGCACUCAUGAUUUUUCUGACGUAAAAGAACAUUCAUUUCAUGUGUGCCGGCUAAAUGAUGAGAGAACAAAACAUGGACAAAAAAAUUAGUGAAUUAAAUGGUUCAAGACUGCCAUCAUCAACAUCAACAGCAUCGACAACAACAACAGCAGCAGCAUCAUCAUCAUCAUCAUCAUCAUCAUCAUCAUCAUCAUCAUCGUUAUCCAAUGAAGAAAGACUUGACAGAUGUUUGCAUUCGCAACACAAUGAAUACUCGCCAAAACAAAUUAAGCUGCCAUUUUUUUAUCAUAAACAACAUCAUCACAAUCAACAGCAACAUCAUCAGGAGCAACAAUUCAAACAUUCCGAUAUCGAAACGCCAUUCAUAGCUAGUAAUAGUCGAAACAAUCAUCACAGCCAUCAUCGGAUACAUCAUCCGAAACGAUGGCUACUAUCGUCGUCGUCGUCGAAACAAUCCCAUCGGCACAAAUGCCAUCCAAGACGGCGGCAACAACACCAACAUCAGUUAAACGAACAGUUCUCCGACGAGCACACAAAUUCCACACAGAAGCAUUUUAGCAAGAAAUUUAGUUUUACUCAACAUAGUAAUCAUCUUAGUCGAUUUUAUAUGAUUUUUGUAAUAUUCCUCAUAUAUUUGCUGGACAAAACCAACUGUGAUCAAGUUGUGUUGUUGGACACAACAAAGGAAGCCACCCUCGAAUGGACGCGUUAUCCAUAUGGACCACAAGCUCAAACGCCUGGCUGGGUUGAAGAAUCAUUCACAAACUUUGGCAAGGGUAUCAAUUGGCGUAGCUAUGUCGUAUGCGAUGUGGCCUACAAUAAUGUGAACAAUUGGCUUUGGUCGCCGUUCAUCGAUCGUGGCUCAGCAAAUCGUUUGUACAUUGAAAUUCAGUUUACAAUUCGUGACUGUUCGCUCUUCCCCGGCAACGCAUUAUCCUGCAAAGAAACAUUCAGUUUGCUAUUCUAUGAAUUUGAUGCUGCCACACGAGAGCCACCGCCAUGGCAACCGGAAAGUUAUAAGCUGAUUGCGCGAAUAGCGGCUGGUGAAGGACGAUUCAAUCAGAAUUCGGACGUUGACAUCAACACUGAAGUGAAGAGCAUUGCGGUGACGAAAAAAGGCGUUUAUUUUGCGUUCCGUGAUCAGGGUGCCUGCAUCAGUGUGUUGGCCGUAAAAGUGUACUACAUCACAUGUCCAGCGAUUACGGAGAAUUUUGCACACUUCAAUGAGACGCCAACCGGCCGCGAGAUUACUAUCAUCGAAAAGCAAACGGGUAUCUGUGUGAAAAAUGCCGAAUCCAGUGAAGCGCCCACGUAUUUGUGCAAAGGUGAUGGCAAAUGGACGAUUUUAACGAGCGGAUGCAAGUGUAAGGUCGGCUUUGAGCCAGAUCAUGAGAAGCAAACGUGCACAGUGUGUCCAAUCGGAACGUUCCGUUCGACUGAGGUGACAAAGUGUACGGCAUGCCCAUUGAAUUCGAAAGCGACGAAAAGUGGUAGUUCGUAUUGUGCGUGUGUCGAUGGUUAUUAUCGUCAUCCGCGUGACAGUUUGCAUAUGCCAUGCUAUCGUCCACCGUCCAAACCGACCAACCUAACGCUUCUGUUUAUGGAUCAAACGAGCGCCAUUCUGUCGUGGAACGCACCACAGCGACCAACAAAUGAACUCUACGAUUCGAAAUACCGUAGCGAUAUUGUCUUCAAAGUGAAGUGUCCCGCUUGCAAUUCCAAUGUGGUGUUCAUUCCAGCCACGGAAACAUUUAACGACACCAAAUUAACGAUCAAUAAUUUAGAACCGGUCACAACGUACACCAUACAAAUUCAUGCACUGAACAGCAUUUCAUAUCCAAUUUUUACGGACAUCGAUGGAAAUGUCGAUGGUAAUAUCAGCGAUGCACAGGGUCAUAAUUCGAAUUUAUAUACGAAUAAUGCCGGCACGGGUACAUCCAUCAAUGAGCCACCAACGGAAUUUGCUGAAAUUACAUUCACCACCGAAUCGGCAAUAUUGAGCAUGGUCUUUAAUAUACGAAUUGUGACCAUUACAAGCAAUGAAGUUGAAUUGGCGUGGGACAAUCCGAGCGAGGCACCAAUUGAAUCGUAUGAAGUUCGAUGGUUCCCGAAAAUGGAACUGGAUGCCGUCAAUAAAACAACACUGAGCACACACGAGCAACGAGCACACAUUGACAAUUUGCAAGAGAAUACCGAGUAUGGGUUUCAAGUGCGUUGCAAAACUGCCAACGGUUUCGGCCAAUACAGCAACAUCAUAUACGGGCAAACCCAUCAAGGUGUCAGUCCAGUUUAUGAUGACUCCAUGCAAAUGCGAAUUUUGGCCGGCGGCACCGUUGCUUUUGUGUGCAUUCUAGUCUUAGUAAUCGUUGCGAGUGUAUGGUUCCUACGCUCAAAAAGUCAAGACGAACUCGACAAAAAGACUAACAAUCACUUGCCACUACCGAUGGACUAUGCCAGCAACGAAGGACUCGUAGUUACAUAUAUGACAACACCAUUGUUUGGCACAAGCCGGUCUUAUGUCGAUCCACACACCUAUGAAGAUCCAAAUCAGGCGAUCCGAGAAUUUGCACGCGAAAUCGAUGCCAGUUACAUCACCAUUGAAGCAAUCAUCGGCGGCGGUGAAUUUGGCGACGUGUGUCGCGGUCGGCUAAAGAUUCCACCGAACUUUGUUCAGGACAUUGAUGUGGCUAUCAAAACCCUGAAACCGGGUUCAUCGGAGAAGGCACGAUGUGAUUUCCUCACCGAAGCAUCAAUAAUGGGCCAAUUCGAUCAUCCCAAUGUAAUCUACUUGCAAGGCGUUGUAACGCGUUCAAAUCCAGUCAUGAUUAUUACAGAGUACAUGGAAAACGGCAGCUUGGAUACCUUCUUGCGGGCAAACGAUGGAAAAUUCCAAACGCUGCAAUUAAUUGGCAUGCUUCGCGGUAUCGCAAGCGGUAUGUCAUAUUUGAGUGAUAUGAACUAUGUACAUCGUGAUUUAGCGGCCAGAAAUGUGCUGGUCAAUGUGCAGCUCGUAUGCAAAAUCGCUGACUUUGGUUUGUCACGAGAAAUUGAAAAUGCCAGCGAUGCAUAUACGACACGCGGUGGCAAAAUUCCAGUUCGCUGGACUGCACCCGAAGCAAUUGCGUUCCGUAAGUUUACGUCGGCAUCAGACGUCUGGUCAUACGGAGUCGUAUUAUGGGAAGUGAUGUCAUAUGGUGAACGACCGUAUUGGAAUUGGUCAAAUCAGGAUGUAAUCAAAAGCAUUGAGAAGGGUUAUCGUUUGCCAGCGCCAAUGGAUUGUCCGGAAGCAUUGUACCAAUUGAUGCUUGACUGUUGGCAAAAGCAGCGAACGCAUCGUCCGACAUUCUCUAGCAUUGUGACAACAUUGGAUAACUUGGCACGUCAACCGAUGACACUGCUACAGGUGAGAAAUUCGCCCGACAAUGAUGCGCAGGCGUGCAUGGGCGGAUUAGGUUUAGGUAAUGCAAGUACAAUGGGCUUAGGCGGUAGCAUGGCUGGCAUUGUUGAUUCAAAAGAGCGGGUUAUCUUCAUGAAUGCGGAUCAUUGGUUGGACUGCAUCAAAAUGACACGAUACUCACAACAUUUCAAAGAGGCGAAUCUAGUUUCUGCUCAACAGAUAUCACGAUUGACUGCACAACAACUUUCUGACAUGGGCAUUACGUUAGUUGGACACCAAAAGAAGAUCCUGCACCAGGCCAGGCAGCUGGAUUCAAUCAUCUAAUUAGCGAAUUUUCAAUAACUUAGCAAACAAUCAGAAAAUGAGUACGAGGAUUAAGGUCGGUUUUUUAUGAUGAUGAUGAUGAUGACGACGAUGACAAACCACUUGAUCACAUUUUUUGAAAUCAUUAAUCAUUACCAAUUGUAUACAUAGAUAUUAUGUAAUUUAUUUCUUUAAACAAGUCACAAGAAAAAAAUACUCACGACAAACCGAAUUGGCGAGACAGAGUGAACGAAAAGGGUUUACAAACAAA